AUGGCUUUUACCCCUUCGAUCGUUCGUCAAUUUGCAGCUACUACUCGCACCAUGUCUAACGUUUUCUUCGACAUUACCAAGAACGGCUCGCCUCUCGGCACCAUCAAGUUCAAGCUCUUUGACGACGUCGUGCCGAAGACCACCGCCAACUUCCGUGCUCUCUGCACUGGCGAGAAGGGCUUCGGCUACGCCGGCUCGCACUUCCACCGUGUGAUCCCGAACUUCAUGCUCCAGGGUGGUGACUUCACUGCCGGCAACGGUACUGGUGGCAAGUCGAUCUACGGUGCCAAGUUCGCCGACGAGAACUUCCAGCUGAAGCACUCGAAGCCGGGUCUGCUUUCGAUGGCCAACGCUGGCCCGAACACCAACGGUUCGCAGUUCUUCAUUACCACUGUGGUCACCCCGUGGCUCGAUGGCAAGCACGUCGUCUUCGGUGAGGUCAUCGAGGGUAUGGACGUUGUCAAGGCCAUCGAGGCCGAGGGCAGCAACAGCGGCAAGACCAGCAGCCGCAUUGAGAUCGCCAAGUGCGGUGCCUGCUAA